AUGGCGACGGUGCAGUGUGCUGCGGUCGUCUGUGCCGGCGUAGCCUUGCGACUUGUAGCGUCAUGGUCUGCAGGAUGGGGCGAACUAAUUUUGGGACGUCAGGAACUUGCGACAGCUAUGGAUAGUGCUGAGCUUUUGCGCGAGUCGAUGUACCUUUUAAACACAUUAAAAGUGGAUCCAAAAACGGUCUGGUCUUCCUUGUCUGUGCAUCACUCUCCGCUUCUUUUGCUACUGCCCCAAAAAUGGGUGUUUGAUCCUUUUAUUUCUGCUUUGCUGUGGAUCGUGUUCGAUACGUGCACAGGUGUUGCGCUGGGCUUGACGGCACGCCGUCUUCGCAGCGCAGCGAAACAUCCAUCGCUCUACUUGUCGCCCACGGCAGUGAUUGCAUGCUAUUUGCUGAACCCUUACUCUAUUGCUACUUGUGCGGCAAAAUCCAUGAGCACGCUGCGCACGCUGCUGCUUGCCCAGAGUAUUCUGUUUGCCAUGCGCGGUUCAUCCAUCGCUCUAGCGGCAACACAGGCGCUCAACAGUGUUCUUUUCCUCACGCCGCUUGCAUUGGUGCCAGCAUUGACACUCCUUGGUGCAGAUGAGUAUGCAAACUAUGGAAGCUGGCGAACACAGUUUGGUGUCGCGCGCAGCAGCGCAUGGACGCAGUGGUGCAAGAAAACAGUGCGAUAUAAUGUUUUUUUCUUGCUUGCCCUCCUCGCAACCUCUGCUGUGCUUUCGCACGACGAGAACUGGUCGUUUGUACGAAGCGUGUAUGGCACGCGCAUCCUUCUCGACGAUCUCGCGCCAUCAUCGGGCCUUGCAUGGUACUUUUUUGUGCAAAUGUUUGGACAUUUCCGGUCCUUUUUCUUACUGGUCGUCAAUGUGCAUCUCUGGGCAUACACUAUUCCUGUGACGAUCCAGUACAGGAGUGAUCCAUUAUUUGCGGUGACGAUGCUUUUUGGCUUGCAAUGUCUCUUUCAAAACUAUACAUCGGUCGGCGACACCGCAAUGUACAUCGCCCUGUGGAGCUUACCAAGCGUUCGGCUCGCCGAUUACUUGCGAUACCCCAUGGUAACAAGUUUGCUUUUUGCAUAUUCCAGCCUCCUUAUGCGUGCAUUCCACUACCUGUGGCUUUAUGCCGGCUCUGCAAACGCCAACUUUUAUUACGCCAUUAACUUGGUUCAUGCACUGGGUCUUGGAAGCUUGCUACUGGAUAGCGCUUAUGCAUGGAGCCCCUAUAAUAGCAAGUGA